CGAACGAGCCCAAGCCCGAUUCCUACUCCGAGACGGGUGUACGGCGGAAGCUGGAGGAAGCGCCGGCGAUGGCGACCCCGGCGAAGAAGGAGGCGGCGGCAGGGCAGAGAGACGAGCUCGCCGACUCGCUGUCCGAGCUCUUCACCAACGUCUCCCUCAUGGUCCGCGGCGAGCUCCAGGGAACCAACAACCAGCUCUCGCUGCUUGAGAAGAUGAACCAACGUGUGACAGAGGAGUACAGCAACUACGGAGAUGUUGCAUCUGGUCUGCGGGUCUUUGUAGAGCAGCUGAACGAGAAAAACCAACGGUUCGACGAGUACACAACGCAGAUCGACGCGAUAGACCAGCAGGUGAGUGAGUUUGAGGCAGUGGUGUCCAUGCUUGAUAAGCAUGUAUCCCUCUUGGAGAAGAAAGUCAAGUCCGCGUACCACAUUGCUCCCACACAAUGAUUGUCUCCCAGGCAUGUUGUAUAUCAUCCCAUCAUCUUGUGUUCUCUUUACAAUAACCGAGCAUAUCUCUCCGGUGACUAAACACACUUGGAUGGGAAACUUGCACUCUAGUGGUCCUAAUGUUUCCACCAGCAUUGUACUUGUAGUGCAAUUGGAUGGCAAAGUUGUGGUGGUAGUUCCAGGCACUUGUUGAUACUACUACCUGCUAGUGCUAGUGUCUAAAUGUCGUCAGUGUUAAGAAUUUGUUA